AAUCUGAGUCUGAAUCUGUUUCUGUAUCUGUACAGUAUCUGUAUCUCUCUCUACCUUAGUUUACCUCUGUACCUCUGCGCGGCUAUUACCGUUCUGGGGAGGGGCAGGCAUGCAGGCAUCAGCCCUUCGCACUUUAACCUUCACUUCACUCUUUGUUUGGUUGCCGUUUCCGCUCUGCCCUGCCCUGCUCUGCUCUGCUCUCCUCUACGCUGCUCUACGCUGCUCUACGCUGCGCUGCUCUCUUCUGCGCUACUACUACUGGACUUGUGGGAUUGACUUCGCCUCUAACAGCCCACCAUGCCGUCUGUCGAACACUAUUGGACGGCCCUUGCCUCGAUGCAGCGAGGUGUGGUACGCGGUUCGCGGUGCGUGGUGCCCUGCACCGGUGUGGGUGGAGGCCGCGCACGGUCCUUUCGUUUUGUUCCUGAUUUCAUUGUUUGUUCCUGAGCACGUGCACGUGCACGUGCAUCUUCAUGGGGCGCAGCGAGUAGCCAGAGGCGGAGGCCAUUCUAGAAAGCGAAGGUUGGGUCGGCUAUCAUUUGGGGCUGGAUUUAUUAGUGGGCGAAAUUGCCCGUGCCCUUCUCUGACCAGGAUCGGAGGAGCUUCUGCGAGAAAAGUACGGGAGUGUGGCCAGCCAUCGUGCAAGAGCUGUCCUUAAACUUUUGGAAAGCUGCAGCGUUGUUCCCAGGCCUCUUUCCCGAAGCAAGGAGCAGCGCUUAAAGCGCUAGGAACCCAACGACACAGGCCUCCGAUCUAUGGUUUCAUGUUUUAGCUUUGUUGGUCUUUGUCAUCUCUUCCCCCCCUCCCUUUCUCACUCUCACCAGCCGCCCUUCGCGGCAGAAUAUUCCCUCAAUUAAUUGCACAUCAAUAUUCAAACCGCACACUAUUCGAAUAUCUCGCAGACAUUCUAAUAUAUGAAGGUCCUACGCUCUCCGACUUCAGACAAACGUUUGAAUUGGAGUAG